UUCCUCACUCGGUUCCGGUGACAGGAUCGGCCCGGAGGGCUUGGUCCCUCGCCAUGGACUCGCAGAAAGAAGCUCUACAAAGAAUCAUCUCAACUCUGGCAAGUAAGAACGAUGAGAUUCAGAACUUUAUUUAUACACUAAAUCACACACUGAAAGGAGUUCAGGAAAAUUCUUCUAACGUGCUUUCAGAAUUAGAUGAAGAGUUUGAUAGUUUGUACUCUAUAUUAGAUGAUGUGAAGGAAAGUAUGAUCAGCAGCAUCAAGCAGGAGCAAGCACGGAAAUCACAGGAGUUACAGAGUCAGCUCAGUCAAUGUAACAAUGCCCUGGAAAACUCCGAAGAACUGCUGGAAUUUGCAACCAGGUCACUGGAUAUAAAGGAGCCUGAAGAAUUCUCAAAGGCUGCCAGACAGAUCAAGGAUAGAGUCACAAUGGCUUCAGCCUUUCGCCUUUCUUUGAAACCAAAAGUCAGUGACAACAUGACACAUUUAAUGGUGGAUUUCUCUCAGGAAAGACAGAUGCUGCAAACUUUGAAGUUUUUGCCAGUCCCCAAAGCUCCAGAGAUAGAUCCAGUAGAGUGUCUGGUGGCUGACAACUCUGUCACGGUAGCGUGGAGAAUGCCUGAAGAAGACAGUAAGAUUGACCAUUUCAUGAUGGAAUACAGGAAGACAAACUUCGAUGGGCUCCCGCGUGUGAAGGACGAGCGGUGCUGGGAGAUGAUUGAUAACAUCAAGGGUACUGAAUACACGUUAGCAGGCUUAAAAUUUGAUUCAAAGUAUAUGAAUUUCAGAGUGCGAGCUUGCAACAAGGCUGUGGCUGGAGAGUAUUCCGAUCCAGUGACCCUAGAGACCAAAGCUCUUAACUUCAGUUUAGAUAACUCAUCAUCACAUUUGAACUUGAAAGUUGAAGAUUCCUGUGUAGAGUGGGAUCCUACUGGAGGAAAAGGCCAAGAAAGUAAAAUUAAAGGAAAAGAGAACAAGGGCAGUGCCCAUGUUACUUCACUGAAGAAACACGCAAGAAGUGGUACACCAUCCCCAAAACGGACGUCUGUAGGCUCCAGGCCACCAGCAGUAAGAGGCAGCAGAGACCGUUUUACUGGGGAGUCAUACACAGUGCUAGGAGAUACCGCUAUUGAAGGUGGACAGCAUUAUUGGGAAGUCAAAGCCCAGAAGGAUUGUAAAUCCUACAGUGUGGGCGUAGCAUACAAAACUUUGGGAAAAUUUGACCAGUUAGGAAAGACAAACACCAGUUGGUGCAUCCAUGUCAACAGCUGGUUACAGAACACGUUUGCUGCCAAACAUAACAAUAAGGUCAAAGCUUUGGAUGUUCCUGUUCCUGAGAAAAUAGGUGUGUUUUGUGACUUUGAUGGAGGUCAGCUGUCUUUCUAUGAUGCACACUCAAAGCAGUUGCUAUAUUCCUUCAAGACAAAAUUUACUCAGCCAGUACUGCCUGGUUUCAUGGUCUGGUGUGGUGGACUUUCUUUGAGUACUGGCAUGCAGGUUCCCAGUGCUGUGAGGACACUUCAGAAAAGUGAAAAUGGAAUGACCGGUUCAGCGAGCAGCCUGAACAAUGUCACUCAGUAACAGCUCCUCAGACUGUGUUUACCCUUCUUCUUUGGGCGGCCUUUCCACGCAGUUCCUAAUGCAGACAUUUUGGAGUGGUGGGAAUGAGGCGUGCUAUGCUCUGCUUUAAAGCCUGGACUCUGCUAGACUAAGCACCAAAUAGGAAGCAGCCACAGGAGAGUACUUAGUGUCCCAGAAGCCAGUACCUCUAUGGACGGUCGUUUGAGUAGUAAAUAGAAAAGGAGUGGUAUUGAAGGAUUUAUGUAGAAACCCAUUUUUCCGUUUCUUGAGAUACUUUGGCUCGUCUAAUAGUAAUAGUUAUAUAUGGUGACCCAGGGCCUGGGCUGCAAAGCUCUUAAAGCUUACUGUGUUCUUGUUUCUCCUCACCAGCUGUCAUUAAUUCCUUAACCUGAAGCUUUCAGAACACAGGGUCCCAAGACUUCCUAGAAAUUCAGGUCAUUGCCUUGGAUGGCAGAGAAGUUUUCUUACAGUGGCUCAUUUCACCUUUUAUAAAUGAGUUGGGCUUUUGACAGGUAACUUAUUUAUUGACCAGAUUCAUAUAAUUUUUUCCUCUAAAAUAUUGUGAUAAUUGUUCUUAUAACCCAAAAUAUCAAGCAGAUAGGAAGAAUUUAGACAGUGCAAAGGGAGUAUUCGUCACACCUUCUGCUCCUCCCUGUGCUCCUGGGGACCAUUUGAAAAGCCUGGCUUUCUGAUUUUGUUCUCUUUUUUAAUCCCACCUUUUAAAGCUACCUUUGAGAAAUUUCCUCUUAAACUAGCAGAGAGAUAAUGUAAUUAUUGCUUAUUUUUACCCUUGCUAAUGAGAAUGGAAGUUUGUUGAUUAAGUUCUAUAAAGGGUAAAAAGCUGUACAUUACUAAUUUUUUGUUUGUGAAAGAUUAUAAAAAAAUAUUCUAAAGUAUUCCUUUCUGGAAUAGUUUAAGUUAUUUUUACAAAGAUAUAGAAUAGUUUAACUAACUGUUUUUAAAAAACUACAUGUGUCUGAUUUAGUAUAAACGUUUUCAAAUAAUUAUUUGAAGAUUUGGUGGGUUUUUUUGUCUUUUUGUUUCACUCAUUCACUGUUUAAAAGUUUAUGAUUCUUCCACAAAUGAACACGCAUGUCUUCCCCGAGGACACAUCUUCCCCCAGCCCACAUCUUCCCCUAGCACACAUCUUCCCCGAGGGGACGUGUAAAUCAGCAAGUGCAGCUGUGGUUACCUAUUGCAGAGUUGCUGAAACUCGAGUUUCUCAAGCCAAAGUUGAAGCUGAAAUUAUAAAACUGCUUUCAGACAGCCCUUUAAAGAAGUGAAUAUUUGACUUUUAAUUUUUGAGACUUUAAAUCUCUUUUUGUUUUAAGUGUCUUGGGCUUUGGCAAACUUCCCUGGAGAAGUGACUGUUGCUGCUUUCUGUGUGGUGUUUGUAUGGCAGUCAUAAGUAUUUGCUCUUAAAAUUUGCUGCUUACUGGCAUGAUUGUUUUUGUUCUGUUGAUAAAACAAAUUUGACGUAGGAUACUAUUUUUCUCAUGUAACAGAUAUCUGCACUGUCAUCUGGUAACACAUUGGCAGCUUUUCAGACUGAAACGAUUUACAGAGUGAAAUAUGCCAAUCAAUAUUCGUUUGGUUCCCCAAAGCAGUAUUUUAUUUUCAUUUCUCAUAGCUUGAAAGACAUUGUUCAGAGUUCUACUACCUAUAGGAAUAUCAUUUCAUGACCUUAGGAAAAAGGAGUUGCUCCUUUUUGUAAAGUCAUACCUGAAAGCAGUAAUUGACUGGAAUUGCUUUGUAUGACUACUCAGUAUAUUUUGUCAAAAAUGACAUUAAGGGCCAGCUGUUCUUACAUAGAACUUUUCUUUAUGAUAUGAUAUCUUCCAUGGUUGUCUUCUCAUUUAUACAGAACUUUUCUUUAUGAUAUUACAUCUUCCAUAGUUGUCUUCUCAUUUAUACAGAACUUUUCUUUAUGAUAUUAUAUGAUAUGAUAUCUUCCAUAGUUGUCUUCUCAUUUAUACAGAACUUUUCUUUAUGAUAUUACAUCUUCCAUAGUUGUCUUUUCAUUUAUACAGAACUUUUCUUUAUGAUAUUAUAUCUUCCAUGGUUGUCUUCUCAUUUAUACAGAACUUUUCUUUAUGAUAUUACAUCUUCCAUGGUUGUCUUCUCAUUUAUACAGUGCCUUUUUCCUCUACGCACACUCAUUGUCAAUUGAAUUUAGGCCAGGCAGCUUGCACUUAGUGGUGAGGGCCUUCUGUUGAGGGCUGGAGGAGUGCGUGUGGUUCUUGGACCAUCAUUUGAGACCUUUAUAUAAAAUUUCCACGCAUUCAUUGAAAUAUGCGUGAUUUUUACUAAGAGGUUUUGUUUCUCAGUGUAUUUGUAGUACAAAGUAUAAAGUCAGUGAAUAAGAGUCCAAGAUCUUAUCACGUGAUAUUUGGUACUAAUUAUUCCUUCAUUACUUUCAAGUAACAGCUUUUCUUCUCUCUGAUUCUUAUUGUCUCUUUUUUUUUGUUUUGUUUUUUUGUUUUGUUUUUCGAGACAGGGUUUCUUUGUGGCU